AUGACAGUAGAAGAAAGAAACCUACAGAGAAGAGAGUCAUUACCCCGUUUUCAAACAGGAGAUGCUCCAAAUCCAAACGGAUUAUACGCCCACCGCUAUCCACGAAUGGAUGAAGGUUACUACCGCCGUCUAGCGUCCUUCAACAACUAUCCCUCCAACACCAACAUGACGAAAGAAGAACUAGCCUGGGCAGGCUUCGUCUGGACCGGGCGCAACGACGAGGUCCGCUGCGAAUAUUGCUCCGUUGUUUUAGCACAGUGGCAAAUUCACGAUGUGGCGUUUUCCGAACACUGUCGGGUCAGUCCAGACUGCCCUUUUAUUCUUCCCAGACGAUCACAGCCAAACACGCCGGAUAAAAGAUUUUUAUACGAUCGCCGGAUCAGCUUCAACAACUGGACUCGCGCUCAUCCACUGCCUUCCGAGCUAGCCGACGCUGGCUUCUUUUACACUGGCGAAUCCGACCACGUGAAAUGCUUCCACUGCGACUUGGUGCUCCACUCGUGGGAACCGACUGGAAUGCCCUGGCACGCGCAUGCCCGCUUCAGCCCCUUCUGCGCCUACGUCAUCGUCGAAAAGGGCAUCGACUGGAUUCGCAGCGUCUGCAACAUGGACGCCAGUCAGUACAGAAAUCGCUUUCUCGCCAUUUUGGCCGAGUCGGCAAAUGAUCCAAUGUCCGUCCAAGCCGCGGAAGAUAUUCUUGCUAAUUUAACGGACGAUGACGACUCGCUAUUUGGCGACGUUGGAAUGCCAACAGGUCCAGUUGGAAUCCCGAUAUCAGAAGAACUGCGUGGCCGACCUCCCGAGCCAGUAAAAGACGUAGACGAUGUUCCAGACGACAAGCUCCGCCAGGUUCUAUCGGAGCAACUGUCUUCCCAAAGCUGCAAAGUAUGCCUGACGAAUCGCGCCACAGUGGUGAUUCUUCCUUGCUCGCACUUGGUCAGCUGCCCCAGCUGCAUAAAGAAACUGCGAGACUGUCCCUUGUGCCGGGCACAAGCGGAAAGAGCGCUAGAAAUAUUCAUCACUUGA